CACGCUUAACCUUAUGCCCAAAGGUUGAUGGAAACACGUACAGAAAACCUUGUCUUGAUCGGGAAUGCACAAAAUGUGGCACAGGCAACAUUCUUCAGCAUUUUCAAACAGUCCUUGUUGAACCAUAUUGUACCACACCGGUCACCUGGUGUCAGUGGGAGAGUCGGGCAUUGGGUAACGCAUCACGAAUGAUGACUAAAGUAAAGAAACAGAGUGUGCUGGAGGGGAUGAUAGAAGAAUUCAUUUCAAAAAUGAAAACAUUUUCAGUUCAUUUGUUUAAUGCCAAAUGGCAGUACGAUAUGUAUAAACAGUUAGUCAGAGAAAUCCCAGUAAAAACUGCUGUUUGCUGUAUGGAUUAUGCCGAAAAUUUCACCUGUAAGGCUCAAGAUGCUCCGCAGGGAUUUCAUUGGAGCAAUAUUCAUUGCACCAUCCACCCAAUUGUUGCAAACUAUAUUUGCAAUGAAUGUGAACAAGACCCAGUUCCAGUGAUUACUGAUUCCAUCAUCUAUAUCUCGGAUGACUUGACACAUGAUCAUCAUGGUGUCCAACAUUUUGUUGGCCUUUCCAUCGAAAAGCUCCAAGAAGAAUGCAAUGGCACUUUGCAAACGGUCAUACAGUUCUCAGACGGCGCCCCAACACAGUACAAGAACAAAAUAAGCUUUACACAUUGUUCCUUUUCAAAUGAGGACUUUGGUAUAGCUACAGAGAAACACUUCUUCGGCUCACGACAUGGUAAGGGCCCAUGUGACCGUGAAAUUGGUGUUUUAAAAAAAACUGCAAAAGCAGCAGUAGCAGCAGGUAGUGAAUGCAUCCUGUCCCCUAGAGAGUUUUUCAAUUACUGUAACAGUAAACUGAUUCUGCCUAGAAAGCCAGAGGAACACUCACAUACACGAAGGAGGUUUGUUUUUGUUGAAAAAAAAAAUGUAAAAAGAAAUUUUCCAGAAAGAACAGAAGUAAGGCCCUUGAAAGACACCAGAAAAUUCCAUUGCAUACGGUCUGUGCAACCCCAUGUUAUCAGUACAAGAGAAAGAAGUUGCUUCUGUGAGAGCUGCAUGGGUAUUGUCCAGGAGCCUUGUACAAAUGCAGAGAUAACCGGCAAUUGGUCAGUAGCUAGGUUAGCACCGCUUGCAGAAAACAGACGUAAGCAGACUAUACCUAGAAAUAGACCUCAGCCAGUACCAGAUGAAGGUCAGGAGGAACAACCAGUACCAGAGGAACAAGAGGGACAACCAGUACAUGAUGAAGGUCAGGAGAAACAACCAGUACCAGAGGAACAACCAGUACAUGAUGAAGGUCAGGAGGAACAACCAGUACCAGAGGAACAAGAGGAACAACCAGUCCAUGAUGAAGGUCAGGAGGAACAACCAGUACCAGAGGAACAAGAGGAACAACCAGUCCAUGAUGAAGGUCAGGAGGAACAACCAGUACCAGAGGAACAAGAGGAACAACCAGUCCAUGAUGAAGGUCAGGAGGAACAACCAGUACCAGAGGAACAAGAGGAACAACCAGUACAUGAUGAAGGUCAGGAAGAACAACCAGUACCAGAGGAACAAGAGGAACAACCAGUACAUGAUGAAGGUCAACCAUAUCCAGAUAUAGAUAAAGCCGAUACAGAUCCAUUCUACCUAGAGAAUCUGUUGUUCCCUUCUACAGGACUUUGGGACACUGAUAUGUUUCUACAAGAUGGCGAGUUAAUAAAUACAAGUGACAGUUAUAGCCCAGUAUCAACCGCCACAGUCCAACAUAUUCUGGAGCUCCUUCCAGAGAGUCCACAGAAGAAACCUGAACCAAGGUGACUAUGUCUUUCAUACUUGAUGCAUAUUUUCAACUGUAUGAAAUAAUCCAAACUGUAAAAGUAGAAUCAAUUGAGAAGAUUGUUUUUUAUCAUUUUUACAAUUACCUUAAUGCCAUAACUUUCAUUUUUCUUGAUAUAUUACAAUAAUUGACUGAUAAUUUAAGGUUCAAAGUUGGAGAUUAUGUUACUGUUUCCCUUCCCUUGGGAAAAAAGAAGAAAUGUUUUGUUGCAGAGGUAUAAUUGUUCUGUUGAUUAAUUUUUUGUUUGUUUCUGUUCUCAUUAUCUCGCCUCUAGUCAUUGAUAUAACCAUGAUGGCCUUUUGCAAUCACUAUGUAUC